ACAUUCAGUGUUUCUCUCUCUUACGCGAAGGCGAAUUUCCCAAGACAAACGCGCCGCGCAUCGCAGCAGUUUUCUUUUUUCCGCCGAACUGUACACAACAUCAAUCGUACCGUUUUUUGGAGUUUUGGAAAAUUGCACACAAAAACACUAAUUGGAAAUGCAGUACUCGAGCAGUUCGGAAAAUUAUUCAUCCUCGUUGAGGGACACGCCCGCAAAAUGGAACGGAAAGAACGACAAGAAUUAUGCGUACAAAAAGUCCUCAUAUCAAUACUCAAGCUCUGGCGACAAUAAUAUGUCCUAUCAGGGCAAGUCCCCCGAUCAGAAUAUAGAUCAGUUGGACGCUUUGCUGGAGGACUUGAAGCAGGAACGCCAGAUCACCAACAGAGAUCGCGACCUACUGCCCACCAAUGGCACUUCCUAUAGAACGCUGGAACGCACUGAUCCCGCCGGGACGGUCACUAGGACAACGCGUGUGGUGAAGACCACGAAACACUCGGGUCAGGGCGGGUCAGGCCAGCAGCCCUACAUCGAUGAUGUGGAGACCUUCAAUCCCACCGACUACAGCACUCUGCAGUCGACGGCCAAGUACUCGAGCCUGAAGCGGGACGAUUACCAGACCAAGGAGAAGCCGUACACGCUGUCCCAUUCACCCAUAAGUGGCGGUCAAUACGAGAGCAAGUCGAAGAUCUACGAGAGCAACCGGACGAUCAACAACAAUGUGGAGGUGCUGCCGAGCUCCGGCAUCACACAGACCCUGACUAGUGGCACUACCAUCGACAAGGAGCUGCAGGACAUCGCCCUGAGCGAUGGCAUUUUGCCGGCCCCUGGCACAAAGGUGACGACCACCGUGCGUACGUACACGUAUGAGAUACCAGCUGGUCCGGGUAGCGCAACCAGCACCAUAAACCGCAGUCACACACUCAACAACAGCAACACGAACACCCUGAGCAGCAGUUACAAGCUCCACGAGAGCCACAACUCCAGCCAGAACUUCAGCCAGUUGUUGCCGCAGCCUCAUCCACAUCCACAUCCGCAGCCAUCGCAGGUGCCCCAGACGGUGGUAUACAACACGGAGAGCUACUCCACGCUGAACAAGCCCGACCGGCCGCUACUGACCAACCAGUCGUACGAGAUUCGCGAGCACAAGGAGACCACCACUCGCGGAGUGAGUCCCCAGCCGCGACAGCUGCCGCUCGGAACGGGUCCGGUAGGCACACUGCCGGGCAACAAUAGCCGUACUGUGGUAUACAACAUCCACAAGACGGACAACGUGAACACGAUCAACGAGCUGCCGCCUCAGCAGCGCUAUCCCCCCCACAGUCCGGCACAUAGCCCCAACUACGCUCAGGGUCCACACAGCCCACCGCUGCAUACGUCUGGGCCAGGUGGCGUCAACCGCUACUACUACAAAGAAACGGAGACCUCCAAUACGGUCAACACGAUCCACGGUGCGCCAAAUGGCGGUCCUUAUGAGCCGGGACUGCCGCAGUCUGCUCCGUUGAAGCAGCUGCCGCCCAGCACGGCCUAUCCGCAGCCACAGACCGGUAAUGGAUAUCCGCCGAACACGAGCUACACCUACAAGUACUCUUCCACAACGAACACGAACAAUCGUCGUGGUCCUGGUGGCGGUCCGGACUAUGGCUCUCCUUCGCCCUUCCCUGUGGACGGAGUGGAGUAUCCGGUGGGCAAUGGCAAUCCACCCCAGCGUGUGGACGAUCUGAUGCAGUCGUUUGGCACUACUGAUCAUGUGGAUCGCGGAGACCUGGAGACGCCCGUGCGCAAGAGGGAAAUCGAGACAUCCGUGGCCUCGCCCAACCAGCAGCAUGUGCCGUCCGUUAACAAGCUCGGCAAGGAGGUCUACUAUCCUCCCGGACACGAUACCAUUGUCAUGAAGCGGGAGGAGAUGCAUGCCGGUUCUGCAUCUGGUGGUCGCUGGGCCAAGGGCUCGGGAAUGUACGAGUACGAGUCCGGGUCCAAGUCAAAGACGAAAACCAAGUCCGGCGGCGCUGUGGUGCCUUUGUGCCUGCCCCUCUGCUGUGCGAUGCCCUGCUCCAUCAUGUAGAGGAGGAGCUGGGGCUGGCUCUCCAGCAACUGGAAGUCGUACUUGUAUAUAGGUUUUUAAUAUUGCCGUUAAUAAGUCUAACGCUAAAUCCUGCCCCGCGUCGAAUUUGUGACUGUUUAUGCUCUCUGCUGUCUAACUUCUAUUGGGUUUGCUUAUCCAUUGGUGGCUCUGGCUCUACAUGUUGUACUCGUCAGUUGUUGGCCAAAUCUUAUAUGUAUGUCUGUCGUCUACCCACAUUAUGUUAUUGUCUAUGUAUAUACUUUAAUUUGUAUUACGGCAUCUGAGGAUUGUCAUAUUGUUAUAUCUGUUAUAGAUUGCUCGAAAUUGUUCAACUAUUGCUCAAGCAUUUACCAGUGGAAAACCCAAAGUCGAAAUUGUUUUAACUGAAUUUUUAUGUCGCAUACGAUAACUAAUAAAUGUGCCCCAAGCGCCACUUGAAUACCUACUAAUCGUAUACCUAAUAAACGUAACUCCGACUUAAAAGGUAACCCAGUCGUUACAGAGCCAUAAAUACUAUCUCUAAUACACGUAGUAACCAUAAUAAUAAAACGAUAUCUAACAAACGAAUCAAUGAA